AUGCUUGGUGCAAGUUACUCAAGUGGUGCUAUAUUUGCCAUGAAGCCAUGGUUUGGUGAUCAUCGUAAGAAUUAUGUUGGAGUUUUAUUGACUAGUCUUUUGAUGUACGUGUUUGGACUGAUUUAUGCAGUUUUCAUGAAAGCCAAUUUUGUUAUUGACACAAAUCCUGAGAAAGAUGGUGCUUCUUUCCUUCAGGUUGUGAAGGACGUUUUCCGUUUAUCAAGAGCCAAAGAAUGUCUUGCAACUUUUACGAAGAAAAGGCCAAAUCAGGGUCGACUCCGAUUGAUAUUAUUAAUUACUUCAGGAGCUGUUUGUGAUGCUGCACUCUUUAGUGAAGACGGCAUUGCCUACCAGUUUGCUCAGCGGGUUUAUGGACUGACUGAAGAUGCAUAUACAUCACUGUUGACCCUUGGCUACAUACCACCAACCAUUGCAACUUCAAUUGGUCCAUCAUUGCUCAAGUUUUUAGGCUUUUCUGAUGCGAGUAUCGCUAUAUUUGGAUGUCUAUCAUUGUCUGUAUUUUUCAUUAUCAGAGGAAUAUUUUUGUCUAUUCGAGGUUACAUUGCUGGAUAUGUGAUUGGCUCAUGUGGACGAAUCUCAAACGUUGCAAUUAGAAGUCUCAUAGUUUCUACUGUCGAUUCUGCUGAAUCGGCACAAGUUUUCACUCUUUCAACGGCACUUGAAACUAUUGUUGGGUUAGGUGCAACCUUCUUGUAUACUUCAGUAUUUACUCUAACAAUCACUCAUCAACCUGGAGCUGUGAUGCUUCUAGUUGGGUCAAUCAUAUUGUAUCCAUUAGCUGUUAGCUUUUGGAUAAGAUUUGUUCAGAUUUAA